CCAGAUUUAAGAUUGCAGAUCGAUUUGGGCUUCACCGUCCACCACAACAACGCGGUGCAGGCGAUGUACAUUGUUAGUAACUCAUUUCCGAUAAAAACCAAACGACUGGGUUUAGAGCCUCGAGGCAAAUCGAUACAACAACAACGUAACCUUGAGAAAUAUCGAAAUAUGAGAACACCUUUUUUACGCUCUCAAAAUCUUGAGCAAACUCCUUCGUGUAGACACCGCGAUCUCACUUUCAAAAUGCAACUUUCUGCGGAAGAGUUAUCAAAAAAUCACUCAGGAGUAACUACAGUGUUUGGUCCUACAGAAAUAUUGAAGAUACUUCCCCAUCGAUUCCCAUUCUUGUUGGUCGAUCGUGUGAUAGAGUUUGAAGCUGGCAAAAGAGCAGUAGGUCUGAAGAACGUUACUUUUAACGAACCUCAGUUUAUCGGUCAUUUUCCUGAAAAACCUAUUUUUCCUGGAGUUUAUAUGCUCGAGGCUUUGGCACAGUUGGGUGGCAUAGUGAUGCUUCAACCGCCUAUAUCCGAUAGUUAUCGUGACUUCUAUUUUGCAGGUCCGCGUGUUACUCAGGUUCGUUUUCGGAAGCCGGUCGUUCCUGGUGAUACUUUAGUGAUGCAAAUGGAAGUACUUUCUGUUCGACAACAGUUGGGAAUUGGCAAAAUGAGUGGCAAAGCAUAUGUGGAUGGAAAAUUGGCUGUAGAGGGAGAAUUUACCUUUUCAGUACAGUCUUGAAAGAUCCUUUGGAGAACACAGGAUCAUCCAGAUAGAAGUGAAGAAAAAUAUUUUACAAGAAAAAUAAAAAAAAUUUGUUAUUUCGAAAAUGAAUAGUUUGAUACUAUG